GAAUGCAGUAACAUAAGAGGAAUGUUUCUCCUGCUAGUCAGAGAAGUUGAAACUUGCCAGAUGCUGUGAUCUGGAGCCUAAAUUCCCUCGAUAGUAACUGUGAUUGAAACCCUUAAUAUUGCUUUGUCCAGCUUUUGUACUGGACUUACCUCAUUUUGCAGUGAUAUUGCUUUAGACAACACUGUCUUUUUAUUUUUUUCUUGUGUUUUUCUGUCAGAGAGAGAAAAUGUAAUAGAAAUAACACUGGGCUGGAAGGCUCUGUUUGAAGACUGCAAUGCCGUGUUCCCAAUGUCUGCACAGUUUGAUCCCGAGUUCUGUAAUAGACAGUUAAUUUCCUUUGAUAUUUUAAUGAAUAUCACUCAGCUAUAGUUAGAUUGUACUCUUUAUUUUUUAAAUCCCAUAUAAAAAGGGGGGAAGUAGUGUUUAAUGAUACCAGAAUUUUACUCAGUCAGUUAAUUUAUUUCUUACACUGUUUUAGUGUGACUCUGUAUGUGUGUAUAUAUAUACAGAACUGCUCAACUGGUCAAAGGAGAUUUUAAGGAUAUAGUGCUAAUCUUUUCUUUUUGUUUGUUAAAGUUGCACUGUCAGUUGCUGCUGAUAAAAGGUGGCAUCGAGCCAGCUUCCUGAAGGAGCUAUGGGGAGGGUCAUGGCUUGUCAUGACCUGGGCACCGGUACUUGAAUGUUGUUAUUAUUGGGAUGAAGUACCCUUAGGCUGUCAUCCUUCCUGUAAAUAGAAGGGGUUCUGAUUCUCUGUGGUUUCCCAGUUUACCAACUUGCAGAACAGCUAUUUUGUUGGCCCUAAGUUUGACUGAAUAAUGAAUUAGAAGCACAGCACUAUUCCAGGAGGCACUGAUUCAUCAUUUUAAUCUGUUAGCCUAGACUAAAUCAUAGUAAGUAAAGCCAAACAAGAAUCUGUUUCCAUAUAGUUUAUAAAUUUACAAACUCAUUUGUAUUGGCAUAUAGCCAACAAAUUGCCCAGCUCCACUCUGCAUGAAGUAAGGGCAGAAUUGUAAUUAGCAAGGAGCAUAACUGAGGGCCAAAAGUGACUUUUUUCAGUGACAUAGAGGAGUCACAGUGAUGCUGGCAGAGGGGAUGAUUCUUCUCCCUUGGAUUCGGUCACCGUUCAACCAUUGCUUUGCUUCAUUGCCUCUUAGAAGAGUAACAAGAACAGUUCUGUUAAUGCAUCUAUUAACUAAACAAAUUCUGUUGUUAAUUUCCAGAAAAAUCAAAUAAAACAAUCCCAAUUGGAAUAUAAUGUUUGCAAGAUACUGGCCUGUGUUUCAGUUUAUCAGGAUAGAGUCAUAAGCUUGCUGUGGUUGAAGUUUUCACCAAUGUGUUGCUGUUGUAACUGAAGUCUCAUUUAUCCUGAUGAAUAUUUCAUUUCCCCAAUCAUGCUAUUAAAAACAGAGUGUUUUUACCCUUUCAUUUCUCCUUUCUCUUUUCCAGUACCAUCGUGACAGCUGUGGCUGCGUCCUGUUUACAAAUUGCUGCUAGUCACAUUUUCAGUAGUCCUUAUGGGUUUUGCUUUCCCUUAAUACAUCCAAUUAGGAGGAAAUAUUUCUCACAAACACGGACUUGCUCUUCUCCUUGUAAUGACAUAGUUCUGCAAUCCAGGAAACAGUGCUGCAUGGUGUCCAUGUCCACGAUUUCCUGAUGUGGGAAAAACGUGUGGAAAGCAUCUGGAGAGGAGGAGACCCCCUUUACCAGCUUGUUUCCUGUUCUGUGACUGGCUGCCACAUAAUCUUUUCUUUGUGCAAUCGUAACUACCUGCACAGGCAUUCAAGCAAUCAUCAGCAAAGAUGCUUCUUCUUUCAGGGACAAAGAAAUGCUGCUUAUAGUAUAGUUUGGCCAGCCAUGGUUUCUCCAGCUCACCAAGUUCCUAAGCACAUAAAGAAGCCAGACUAUGUGACGACAGGCAUUGUACCAGACUGGGGAGACGACAUAGAAAUUAAGAAUGAAGAUCAGAUUCAAGGGCUUCGUCAAGCUUGUCAGUUGGCCCGUCAUGUCCUGCUUCUGGCUGGAAAGGGCUUAAAGGUUGGCAUGACAACUGAAGAAAUAGAUUCCAUUGUUCAUCAUGAAAUAAUCAGACAGAAUGCCUAUCCAUCACCUCUGGGCUAUGGAGGUUUUCCAAAAUCUGUUUGUACUUCCGUAAACAACGUGGUAUGUCACGGUAUUCCUGACAGUCGACCUCUUCAGGAUGGAGAUAUUAUCAACAUUGAUGUCACGGUGUAUUACAAUGGCUACCAUGGUGACACUUCUGAAACCUUUUUGGUGGGCAAUGUGGAUAAAUCUGGUGAAAAGUUAGUGGAGGUUGCCAGGAAAUGUAGAGAUGAAGCAAUUGCAGCUUGCAGACCAGGGGCUCCCUUCUCUGUAAUUGGAAACACAAUCAGCUCCGUGGCAUGGCAAGGUGGCUUCCAGGUCUGCCCCUUCUUCGUCGGCCACGGCAUCGGAUCGUACUUUCACGGGCACCCCGAGGUGUGGCACCACGCCAAUGACAGUGAUUUGUUAAUGGAAGAGGGAAUGGCAUUCACAAUAGGCAGAGACUCUGCCAGCACACUUGAUUUGAGGAGGGUGAGAAGGAUGCAGUCGUGUCCCCGAAGCCUAGCAGCCUGGUGGCACUUAGUCAUUCGCUGCCUGCCAGAGCUGCUGUUGGGUUUGGGGACUGCAGCGGCAGUAACCAGCCGGAGCCUCGCCCUGCAGACUGAUCGUGCUCACUUCCAGUCGUGGAGAACUGCUGGGGAAAAAGCCUUCUUUCUCCCUGUGUGGCUAAAUGGUGCGGCAAUUAGAGAGAAAUAAGAAAAUUGUUGUUUUGCUGAUUUAAUGAACAUUUUAAGCAUGUUAAAAAAAUUCAAAUAUUUAAAACUAUCUGUUGUUUAUAAAUGUGCUUGGUGCUUUGGUUAUUAUCCACACAGUCUUAAUUAAAGCUUGAUUAAAAUUCCAUGCUUUUACAAAAGAGGAA